CCAUUAGCAAUCGAAGACAGUGUCGGUGCGGGAAAAAUCCACUACCCGUGUGAUUGAUAAAAAUGAACCACACACGGCCCUUUUGAUAUGGGGCGGGUUUCAUGGGACAGCCGCUCGAUACAACCAGCACCCAGUAUGAUUACAAUUGUGCAGGAGUUUGGUGCCUGCUUUUAGCCGCGGUAAAAAAGAUUUUUUAAAAAAAGUAUAAAACAUGCCGGAAGCGAGCGAGUGUCAGAUACGCUUUGAUAACAAUCCGUGUGGAGUUUAUUUUCCUGGCCAGACUCUGUCGGGGUACGUUGAGCUGCGCGUGCUGGAAGUGUUCAAAGUUAAAGGUGUCAGUCUGCAGAUAAAAGGAUUCGCGGAGGUGAAAUGGUCGGAAAGCAGUGGUACGGGAAAAUCCCGCCGCACCGUGCACUACCAUGGACGGCAGGACUAUAUCAACACCGUCACGUACCUGCAGGGUUCACCGGAGGGCAACCCAUUCGACAUUGCACCCGGCACGCAUACGUACCGUUUCGGUUGUCAGCUGCCCCACAAUCUACCCACCUCGUUCGAGGGCCAGUACGGUCACAUACGGUAUACCGUACGUGUGGUACUUCACCGACCGUGGAAGGUGGAUCCAACGUAUAAGGUCGGUUUUACCGUGUUACGCCACGUGAAUCUUAACGAGAAUGCGCUAUCGCUGGCGAUGCCGUGCAAGCUCGAGAUGCAGAAAGUGUUUUGUUGCGGACCUUGCGCCUCGGAUCCGCUGCACAUUUCGGCUCAGGUGCCGAUCGGUGGGUACGUGCCCGGUCAAACGAUUGCGGUGCAUAUAGAGGCCUCGAACCGUAGCAAGAAGCGGGUGCAUGAGUUCAGCACCAAGCUGGUGAAGAACGUGUGCUACAUCAGCCAGACGCCGUACAGUCGCGUGAAGCUGGUGCCGGAAAUUGUGUCCGAGGUGCGUUGCCAGGGUGUGGCCGCAGGUGACCAAGGCAGUUGGGAUCAGUUUUUGGCGAUACCGGCCCUACCGUCCACCAGCAGCCAGUGCCAAGUGCUGACGCUUGGGUACGAGGUAGAGGUCGAGGCGAAGAUCCCGGGUCCAAACAUUAAUCCACGCAUUCGCAUUCCGAUAACGCUCGGUACGGUGCCAUUAGCGGCGCAUGCCAUCCCUACGAUGAGAAAUAACGAUCAGUUACAGGCGUACCCCGUACCGUCCAUACCGGAACCAGCGGUACCGAUGGAACCAACGGCCCCUCCUGUUCCGUACGAUCAACUCAAACCCACCGUUACGCCAAGCGUACCGACGGAUCAACUACCUCCUCCGACGUACGAGGAAGCAGUUGGAUCAACUCCGGCCAAUAUUCUCGAGGAGGGUGAAGAAAAUACGGGCAGCAACAACUUCACCCCACAGUACAUGGUUUACCGGUUCAAUUAGUAAAACAAGGAUGAUGACGAAUUGUUCCAACCGUUUACACCAGGGCUCUCCAAACUAGGCCCUCCCGAGAUAUCCCGAGAUUGGCCCUCAGCUGUGGCUAUUCCACUCAAAGCGGCCCGCCAUCUAAAAAGUUUGGAUGCCCUUGGUUUACACUGACGAUUCCACUAUAAGCGCAACACGUGUAUAAAAGCUGU